AUGUUGAUAAGGUGUCGGACGGCACUGGGUGCCGUCGCGAUCCUGCUGCUUGCUGCUACAUAUUCAAAUGCAGAGGGCAACCUCUUCACUUGUCCUAAUGGAUGGGAGUUAAAGGGCCUUCAUUGUUACAAAUUUUUCAAUAUCAGACAUUCCUGGGAGAAGGCAGCGGAGCUAUGUCGGAGAUAUGGGAGCGAGCUCAUGGUUAUAGAUAGUUACACAGAAAACAAUGUUACUGCCAGUCUGGUCCCAUCUAGUCCUAGCAACAACCACUACUGGCUUGGUCUAGCGACGGUCGACGAUCUACGAACGAACACACUAGAAUCAGCUGCCGGUGGUUUGGUGUCGCAGUACGCGGGAUUCUGGGAUUUGAGACAACCUAAUCCCAAAGAUGGAGAAUGUGUAGAUGUCCACGUUACUACAGAGAGACAGUCAUGGGAAUUAACGACAUGUGAAACUCUUCUGCCUUUCAUGUGUAGAGCGAAUGCGUGCCCUGAAGGAACAUUCCACUGUUCAAAUGGAAGGUGUAUCAAUGCUGCGUUCAAAUGUGAUAAGCAAGAUGAUUGUGGAGACGGUUCAGAUGAAAUGGACUGUUCUUCCGAAUGCCACUUUUACAUGGCAAGCAGCGGCGAUGUCGUAGAAAGUCCAAACUACCCUCACAAGUAUCCAGCUUUCAGCGAAUGUAAAUGGACACUUGAAGGUCCCCAAGGUCAAAAUAUAGUACUGCAGUUCCAAGAUUUUGACACUGAAAAGUCUUUCGAUACUGUUCAAAUCUUAGUAGGCGGUCGCACCGAAGAUAAAUCUGUUAACCUAGCAACACUAUCAGGAAAACAAGAUUUAGCGACAAAACUCUAUGUUUCGGCUUCAAACUUCAUGAUAAUCAAAUUUAGUUCUGACGGUUCCGUAGAAAGAAAGGGAUUCAGGGCCUCGUGGAAAACGGAAUCUUCCAACUGUGGUGGAAUUUUGAGAGCAACACCUCAAGGGCAAAUUUUAACUUCACCUGGCUAUCCUAACAGUUAUCCCGGUGGGCUAGAAUGUAUGUAUAUCAUAGAAUCACAGCCUGGCAGAAUCGUUUCUUUAGAAAUCGAAGAUUUGGACUUAGAAAUGAACAGAGACUACAUUGUUAUCAAAGACGGUAAUUUACCGUCGAGCCCUGUACUUGCUCGUCUGACUGGAUCCGGCGAAGAUAACGAGAAAGUUGUUAUAUCGACUACAAAUCAUUUAUACAUGUACUUCCGUACAAGUCUCGGCGAUUCAAGGAAAGGUUUUAAUAUGAGGUACUCUCAGGGUUGUAGAGCUACAAUUAUCGCUGCAAAUGGUACCUUUACUUCACCAGCUUACGGGUUGAGUAACUAUCCAAACAACCAAGAAUGUUUAUAUAGAAUCAAAAACCCUAAUGGUGGUCCUCUAUCCCUUAAAUUUGAUGAAUUCAACAUUCAUCCUACUGAUGUUGUUCAAGUAUUCGAUGGCGCAAGUACAAGCGGUUUAAGACUACACUCUGAAAAUGGAUUUACAGUGAAACCUAGAAUAACUCUCACGGCAUCAAGCGGUGAAAUGUUAAUACGUUUUGUAUCUGAUGCGCUACACAACAAUGCUGGCUGGAAGACGACAUUUUCUGCCGAUUGUCCAUCAUUGAAGUCUGGUAUUGGAGCAUUAGCGUCAAACAGGGAUACAGCUUUUGGCACCACUAUAACAUUCUCUUGUCCUAUCGGUCAAGAAUUUGCAACAGGAAAGUCACGCAUAACAACUCAAUGCCUAGCUGGGGGCAAUUGGUCCACUACUUACAUACCGAGUUGUCAAGAGGUAUACUGUGGUCCAGUACCUCAGAUUGAUAAUGGAUUCUCUAUUGGAUCAACAAAUGUAACUUAUCGAGGUGUAGCUACAUACCAAUGUUAUGCUGGUUUUGCCUUCCCAACUGGGCAACCUAUUGAAAGAAUUUCAUGUCUGUCGGAUGGUCGGUGGGAACGUACACCCACAUGUUUAGCUUCUCAAUGUUCCGUUCUACCUGACGUACCACAUGCAAAUGUUACGAUAUUAAAUGGCGGCGGUCGAAGUUACGGUACAAUUGUACGCUAUGAGUGCGAACCCGGCUAUGUCAGAUCUGGUCAGCCAGUUCUGUUGUGCAUGAGUAACGGGACAUGGUCUGGAGAUGUCCCAACAUGUUCAAAGGCCUUGUGCCCAAAAUUCCCAGAAAUUGCAAACGGUUUCGUAGUUGAUCAAAGCCGAAUUUACAUGUUUGGAGAUGAAGCCCGUGUACAAUGUUUCAAAGGCUAUAAGCUCAAUGGACCAAGUAUAUUAAGAUGUGGAGCCAAUCAAGAAUUCAAUGCUGCACCAACUUGUGAAGAUAUUAAUGAAUGUUUAAGUAGUCAGUGCGAUUCGGCUUCCACAGAAUGUAAAAAUACUCAAGGAGGAUUUUUCUGCCCGUGUAAAGCGGGUUUCUCACCAAGCUUAGACUGUAGGCCGGUCGGUGAUCUUGGUUUGAUAAAUGGUGCUAUUCCUGAUGAGUCAAUCACAACCUCUACACCUGAAGAAGGAUAUUACAAAGGGAUGAUACGCCUAAAUAAUGGAGGUGGUUGGUGUGGUAACAACCUUGAAGCUGGCGCUAAUUGGGUUCUGAUAGAUCUGCGAGCACCAACUAUCGUCAGAGGAUUCCGUACUAUGAGCGUUAUGAGGGCCGAUGCUAAUAUCGCAUUCACUUCUGCUAUAAGAAUACAAUACAGCAAUAAUUUAACAGACGUCUUUAAAGAUUAUACUAACCCAGAUGGUACGGCUGUCGAAUUCAGAAUUCUAGAACCCACCUUGUCCGUUUUGAACUUGCCGAUGCCAAUUGAAGCACAAUAUGUCAAAUUCAAGAUCCAAGAUUAUGUUGGAGCGCCUUGUCUUAAAUUGGAAAUUAUGGGCUGCGCUAGACUUGAUUGUCUUGACAUUAAUGAAUGUAAUGAUAAUAAUGGUGGCUGUGACCAAAAAUGUGUAAACACGCCUGGUAACUUCUCCUGUGCCUGUAACAUCGGAUAUGAAUUAUACUCCUCAAACGGAACAGCUGGGUUCUCGAUAGAAAAAUCUGAAACUGGUGAAAGAGACGGGGACACUUACCAAAGAAACAAAUCUUGUGUUCCUGUCAUGUGUCCGCCUUUAGCACCACCUGAAAAUGGAUUAUUAUUAUCUACCAAGAGUUCAUAUCACUUCGGUGACAUAGUGGAAUUCCAAUGUGACUUUGGAUAUGUAAUGUCUGGUUUUUCAUCACUUCUUUGUACUUCAAGUGGUAAUUGGAAUGGUACUGCACCAGAGUGUCAAUACGCUCGUUGUGUUACUCUAUCAGGAGACAAAAACGAUGGACUGGAAGUGAUAAGGAACGACCCUGAAAGUGUUUUAGUACCAUACAGAGACAACGUAACAAUAACGUGUACUUCACCUGGCAGGCAAUUGAGAAAUACAAUAACUUCAUCGUUCAGGCAAUGUGUUUACGAUCCUAAACCGGGACUUCCAGACUACUGGUUAUCUGGAGCUCAACCUCAAUGUCCUCGAAAAGACUGUGGUGUACCCAUGCCUACACCUGGCGCUGAGUACGGACAGUACUUAGACACAAGAUACCAAAGUUCAUUCUUCUUUGGAUGCCAAAACACCUUUAAAUUAGCGGGACAAACAAAUAAACAUGACAAUGUCGUGAGAUGUCAAGCUAAUGGUAUCUGGGACUUUGGAGAUUUAAGAUGUGAAGGACCUGUCUGUGAGGAUCCUGGUAGACCAGCAGAUGGAUUCCAACUAGCUAAAAGCUAUGAACAAGGAUCUGAAGUAUUGUUUGGAUGUUCAAGGCCCGGAUACAUUUUAAUAAACCCUCGACCUAUUACGUGCAUACGUGAACCAGAAUGUAGAAUUAUAAAGCCUCUUGGGUUAGCAUCCGGUAGAAUUCCGGAUUCUGCUAUAAACGCCACAUCUGAAAGACCCAAUUAUGAAGCUAAAAACAUCAGACUGAAUUCUGUAACUGGGUGGUGUGGAAAACAAGAGGCGUUCACCUACGUCAGUGUUGAUUUAGGGAAGGUCUAUAGAGUUAAAGCAAUAUUAGUGAAAGGUGUUGUCACAUCGGAUAUAGUAGGUAGGCCUACAGAAAUACGAUUCUUCUACAAACAGGCAGAAAAUGAGAACUAUGUUGUCUAUUUCCCUAACUUUAAUCUAACUAUGAGGGACCCAGGAAACUACGGUGAAUUGGCGAUGAUAACUUUACCUAAAUAUGUACAAGCUCGAUUCGUUAUAUUGGGUAUAGUGAGCUUUAUGGAUAAUGCUUGUUUGAAGUUUGAAUUGAUGGGAUGUGAAGACGCGGCACAAGAGCCAUUGCUCGGUUACGACUACGGUUACUCCCCGUGUGUAGAUAAUGAACCACCCGUAUUCCAAAACUGCCCACAACAUCCCAUAGUGGUACAAACAGAUGUUAAUGGAGGCUUGCUUCCUGUGAAUUUCACUGAACCUACAGCUAUGGACAAUUCUGGUGCCAUUGCGAGACUGGAAGUGACUCCUCAACACUUUAAGACACCUCUUCAAGUAUUCCAUAACAUGGUUGUAAGAUAUGUGGCUUUCGACUUUGAUGGGAACGUCGCGAUUUGCGAAGUAAACAUUACUGUCCCUGACUACACCCCGCCUAAACUCAGCUGUCCACAGAGUUAUGUCAUUGAGUUAGUGGAUAAACAAGACAGCUACGCUGUAAAUUUCAAUGAAACUCGACGAAGGAUUAAUGCAACUGAUGCUUCUGGAGAAGUAUCCCUCAAAUUUAUUCCAGAACGGGCCGUUAUUCCAAUACGUGGUUAUGAAAAUGUUACGGUUGUAGCUACAGAUAAAUAUGGCAACAAGGCUCAAUGUUACUUCCAAGUAUCAGUGCAAGCCACACCAUGUGUUGACUGGGAGUUAAUGCCACCAGCCAAUGGUGCUUUGAACUGUCUACCUGGCGAUAGAGGAAUCCAAUGUAUUGCAACAUGCAGUCCCGGCUAUAGAUUUACUGAUGGAGAACCAGUUAAGACUUUUGUCUGUGAAACUAAACGCCAAUGGACACCAACCGCUGUAGUCCCCGAUUGUGUAUCUGAAAAUACUCAACAAGCCGCGUACCAUGUUGUUGCUAGUGUUCAAUAUCGAGCUCUUGGCGCAGUUUCAAAUGCAUGCCUACCGCAAUACAAAGACCUACUAGCUCAGUACGACAAUAUACUUAACGAAAGAUUAUCUCAGAGAUGUUCAGCAGUUAACGUAAACAUUAACGUUACGUUUAUUAAAGCAAUGCCAAGUCUUUUGGAUGAAAAUGUAGUCAAAAUGGACUUUGUAUUAGCUAUUAUACCAGCUAUAAGACAAACACAGCUGUACGACCUUUGUGGAUCAACAUUAAACCUCAUUUUCGAUUUAUCGGUGCCAUAUGCAAGUGCUCUAAUCGAGCCUGUCUUGAACGUUUCCUCUAUUGGAAAUCAGUGUCCUCCUCUUCGAGCAAUCAAGAGUUCUAUUUCACGAGGUUUUACUUGUACUGUUGGGGAAGUUCUCAAUAUGGACACAAAUGAUGUUCCCCGAUGCUUACACUGUCCUGCUGGUACUUUCGCCGGUGAAAAACAAAAGAGUUGUACAAUGUGUCCUCGAGGUUUCUUCCAAAAUCAAGCUCGGCAAGGCUCGUGUCUUAAAUGUCCACAAGGUACAUUUACGCGAGAAGAAGGAUCUAAAGACCUAUCGGAUUGUGUCCCAGUUUGCGGUUAUGGUACAUAUUCGCCUACAGGAUUAGUGCCUUGCUUAGAAUGCCCAAGAAAUAGCUACACAGCCGAACCGCCAUUAGGAGGCUUUAAAGACUGUCAAGCGUGUCCUGUUAACACAUACACAUAUCAACCAGCAGCUUCUGGUAGGGACAAAUGUAGAGCCAAAUGUGCACCAGGAACAUAUUCACCUACUGGAUUAGCUCCAUGUUCUCAAUGUCCAAAGAAUUUCUAUCAGAAUUUGAUCGGGCAAUCUUUAUGUAUGGAAUGUCCAACUAAUAUGAAGACUGUAGGAACAGGCGCCACUGGCUUAGAAGAAUGUAUUCCCGUUGAAUGCUCGAAUAGUGCUUGUCAACACGGUGGUUUGUGUGUUCCCAAAGGACACGGUGUCCAAUGUUACUGUCCAGCUGGCUUCUCGGGACGAAGAUGUGAAGUAGAUAUUGAUGAGUGUGCUAGUCAACCGUGUUACAACGGAGGAACAUGUAUUGAUUUACCUCAAGGAUACAGAUGUUCUUGUCCAACCGGAUAUGGUGGCAUUAAUUGUCAAGAAGAACGAUCGGAUUGUAGAAACGACACGUGUCCAGAACGCGCUAUGUGUAAGGAUGAGCCAGGAUAUAAUAACUACACUUGUUUAUGUAGAUCGGGAUACACUGGAAUUGAUUGUGAUAUUACGAUUGAUCCUUGUUCCGCGAAUGGAAACCCGUGCAAAAAUGGUGCUUCCUGUACUGCUUUACAACAAGGCAGAUAUAAAUGUGAAUGUCUGCCAGGAUGGGAAGGACAGCUUUGUGAAAUAAAUACGGAUGAUUGUAUAGAGAAGCCUUGUCUUCUUGGAGCACCUUGCACAGAUCUAGUCAACGACUUCAGUUGUUCCUGCCCACCUGGAUUCACUGGAAAGCGUUGUCAUGAAAAGAUUGAUUUAUGUUCUAAUGAGCCAUGCAAACACGGUAUUUGCGUUGACAAACUCUUCGUCCAUAAAUGCAUUUGUGAUCCAGGAUGGUCGGGACCUUCGUGUGACAUUAAUAUCAAUGAAUGUGUAAUAUCACCUUGCGAAAAUGGCGGAAGAUGCCUUGAUGGCAUUGACGAUUUUACAUGCAGCUGCGAAGCCGGUUACACUGGCAAGCGCUGUCAGCAUACCAUUGAUGAUUGCGCUUCUGAUCCAUGUCAAAACGGUGCAACGUGUGUCGAUCAGUUAGACGGAUUUAUAUGCAGAUGUCGCCCGGGUUUCAUCGGCUUACAAUGUGAAACGGAAAUCGACGAAUGUCUGACUGAGCCCUGCAAUCCAAUAGGAACUGAACAAUGCAUUGACCUUGAUAACAAAUACAAGUGUGAAUGUCGUGAAGGCUUUAGCGGAGAAAUGUGCGAAACGAACAUUGACGACUGCGCCUCGGAUCCUUGCUUUAACGGUGGUACUUGUAAGGACCAAAUAGGAGAUUUCAAGUGUGUUUGCCCGUCUGGGUGGACCGGAAAACGAUGUGAAAAAGAUAUCGGUACCUGCGUCAACUUACCGUGUCAAAACAACGCUAAAUGUAUUGACUUGUUCCAAGACUUCUUCUGUGUAUGCCCGAGUGGAACUGAUGGAAAACAGUGUGAAACCGCACCGGAACGCUGCAUCGGUAGCCCAUGCAUGCACGGCGGUAAAUGUCAAGAUUUCGGUUCUGGACUUAACUGCACGUGCUCACUAGAUUAUACAGGCAUAGGUUGUCAAUAUGAAUUUGAUGCGUGUGAAGCCGGCUUAUGUCAAAAUGGAGCGACAUGCAUCGAUGAGGGUGAAGGAUAUUCUUGUAUGUGCACACCAGGAUUUACUGGAAAGAACUGUGAUGAAGAUAUUAUUGAUUGUAAAGAAAAUUCGUGCCCACCUUCAGCUACAUGUAUUGAUUUGCCAGGACGAUUCUAUUGUCAAUGUCCGUUCAACUUUACCGGUGAUGAUUGCAGAAAAACAAUUAGCGUAGACUAUGAUAUGUACUUCAGCGAUCCUCUGCGCUCCAGCGCGGCUCAAAUAGUACCAAUAGACACAGGAUCUGCUGAUAGUCUAACAAUUGCGAUGUGGGUACAAUAUACACAGCAAGAUGAAGGUGGAAUCUUCUUCAGUGCUUACGGAGUCAGUAACUCACACAUAGCACUAAACAGAAGAACGAUAAUCCAAAUCCACUCAAGCGGCGUCCAGGUUUCGAUAUUCCCUGAACUCCAAGACGUAUAUCUUAGCUUUGGCGAAUUUGCAACUGUAAACGAUGGACAAUGGCAUCAUGUUGCUUUAGUAUGGGAUGGCAGUAAUGGAGGAGAAUUGACUCUUAUCACAGAAGGAUUAAUUGCAAGCAAGUUUGAAGGUUAUGGAAGUGGACGAACUUUGCCCCAGUACAUGUGGGUGACAUUAGGAAAGCCCCAAUCGGACAAUCCAAAAGCCUACACUGAGGCUGGCUUCCAAGGUUACUUGACAAAGGUACAAAUAUGGAACAGAGCUCUCGAUGUAACAAAUGAAGUGCAGAAACAAGUGCGAGACUGCAGAACAGAACCGGUUCUUUAUAGUGGAUUAGUUCUCACAUGGGCGGGCUAUGAUGAUAUCGUUGGAGGAGUCGAGAGGAUUGUACCAUCUCACUGUGGUCAAAGAGUAUGUCCAAACGGUUAUGGAGGUGCUAAAUGCCAACAAUUGCAAGUUGAUAAGGAACCUCCAAGAGUUAUUCGCUGCCCUGGUGAUCUUUGGGUUAUCGCUAAGAACGGAUCUACAAUGGUUAACUGGGACACACCCGCAUUUAGCGACAAUAUCGGCGUAGUGAAGGUUGUUGAGAAGGCGGGACACAAGCCGGGACAAAAUCUAGCAUGGGGAGCAUACGAUAUUGCAUACGUUGCAUAUGAUGCUGCCGGCAACGCGGCCACUUGCACGUUCAAAGUCACCGUUCUAUCUGAGUUCUGUCCACCUCUACCGGACCCUCUUGGUGGAUACCAGUCAUGCCGCGAUUGGGGCGCUGGCGGUCAAUUCAAGGUGUGCGAAAUAGCUUGCCGCGACGGCCUUAGGUUCUCACAGCCCGUGCCACCAUUCUACACUUGUGGUGCUGAAGGUUUCUGGCGACCAACCAACGAUCCAACGCUACCACUUGUAUAUCCAGCUUGCUCUUCUGCUUCACCAGCACAACGUGUUUUCAAAAUAUCUAUGGCCUUCCCAAGUUCUGUGCUUUGCAAUGACGCUGGUCAAGGUGUGCUUAGACAGAAGGUGCGCAGUGCCAUCAAUCAAUUGAACAGAGACUGGAACUUCUGCUCAUAUGCUGUUGACGGAACAAGGGAGUGCAAAGAGCUCGACAUAAACGUGAAGUGUGACCACCGUGGCAAUAUUCGACAGACUCGACAAAUAUCAGCUCAGCCAACAGUCAAGUCAGAAGACACCUACGUCCUCGAUGCUAUUAUCCCGGUUGAAGAGACACGAAGCAACCGAGAGGGACGCCAAGCAGGAGACACGUAUAGCGUCGAGAUUUCGUUCCCGUCUGUUAACGACCCGGUAAUCCAUAACGGAAAUAACGAGAGAUCCACAGUGAAGAAGCUGCUGGAGAAAUUGAUUCUAGAAGACGAACAAUUCGAUGUACGAAGCAUUUUACCGAACACUGUGCCGGAUCCGGCCAGUUUGAAAUUGGAAUCGGAUUAUGCUUGCCCCAUGGGCCAAGUUGUCAUGGCUCCAGACUGCGUAUCAUGCGCGGUGGGUACUUUCCUGGACGCUGCCAGUGAUUCGUGCCAGCCUUGUCCUUCUGGAACUUACCAAUCCGAGGCCGGACAACUUCAGUGUACCCCAUGUCCAUCGAUAGCUGGUCAAUCAGGAGUUACCCAGGCCACUGGAGCAAGAAGUGCUGCAGAUUGUAAAGAGAGGUGUGCCGCUGGUAAAUUCUACGAUGCUGAAGCUGAAUUAUGCAGACCGUGUGGUCACGGCUCGUACCAGCCGCGAGAGGGCGCUUUCACGUGUAUCGCUUGUCCGAGAGGUCAAACUACUAGAGCAACAGAGGCUGUAUCCGCAGCUGAAUGUAGAGACGACUGUCCUUCCGGCGAACAGCUGAGCAGUGAAGGUGGCUGCGAACCGUGUCCUCGUGGUACUUGGCGCGUGAAUGGCGCCGGAGCGGCCUGCGUUUCCUGUCCAUCGGGAACUACCACACCGCAAGUUGGCGCCGCUUCGCCCGAUCAAUGCUCCUUACCUGUCUGCAAGCCUGGUUCAUUCCUGAACGCGACGCUGAACACUUGUAUUCUGUGUAAGAAGGGAACCUAUCAGUCACAGGCACAGCAGACUAUGUGUAUAGAUUGUCCAAUAAACACCGGCACGAACGAAGCAGGCGCAACCUCAGAAUCAGAUUGCACGAACCCAUGUGAUAUGAGUGGUCCCAAUUUGCACUGUGACGUCAACGCAUACUGUCUUCUCAUCCAGGAAACAAACGAAUUCAGGUGUCGGUGUAAACCCGGUUUCAACGGCACUGGGGAAGUUUGCACAGAUGUCUGCAUCGAUUUCUGUGACAAUGGUGGCGAAUGCGUGAAAGACGCUCGCGGUGAGCCGUCGUGCAGAUGUACAGGUUCCUUCACUGGACGACACUGUAGGGAGAAGAGUGAAUUCGCGUACAUCGCCAGCGGCGUCGCGGGUGGCGUCAUCUUCAUCAUAUUCUUAGUACUCCUCGUAUGGAUGAUCUGUGCUAGGUCAUCGAAGAAACGCGAACCAAAGAAGACAUUGACCCCAGCUAUAGACCAAAACGGUUCCCAAGUGAACUUCUACUAUGGAGCGCAUACACCUUACGCGGAGUCCAUCGCUCCAUCACACCACUCCACAUAUGCCCAUUAUUAUGACGACGAAGAAGAUGGAUGGGAAAUGCCCAACUUCUACAACGAAACGUAUAUGAAAGAAAGUUUACACAACGGCAUGAAUGGAAAAAUGAAUAGCUUAGCCCGGUCGAACGCUAGCAUCUACGGCACUAAGGAAGAUCUGUAUGACAGACUAAAAAGGCAUGCAUACCCUGGUAAGAAAGAUAAAAGUGACAGUGACAGCGAGGGUCAGUAA